AUGAUUAUAAGAGUACGUGCUUCACUAUAAUCUGAAUUUUCUCAGCGUUAAAAGCAUUAUUCAAACAAUCAUGUAAGUAAUAUAAAAAUGUGGAGAAAAAUUUCCAACGUGUGUAAUGAAUAAAUGUAGGUACCUUACCUACUUACAAGUGAUUUUAAUUCCCUUAGAUGAAGUAGGUAGGUACGUGUGUUUUGUUUGAUUAUUAAUUACCCAUGAAAGGACUUCAAUUUGGUCUGAAUUGAGAUAAUCCCGUUCAAAUAUCAGCUGUGCAUUACAAAAAAUGACCAAUGGAAACAAUCCUGUGAACUCGGCAUCGAAUGGAAAUCGCCCAAUCAUUUCAUAGCCAUCUGAAUAAUCCUCCAUAAAUAGGUAUUUUGAUUUUAUAUUUCGCUCAGUGGGCUUAAUGGAGCUCAACAUUCUAAGAAUAUUCGUCACAACUCUCAUUUAUACUUUACUGAAAUAUUCCUCAGUAAUUCACGCGGUUUUAGUGUCCCCUAGUAAUAAUUUUACUCAUUUCGUCCUCGAGCAACCCGAAUACCUCGUGGAUAAAAGUCUGAUGAUAAAAGAAUUGCUACAAGAUGAAAAUUCAAUAGUCUCAAUAAUUAGACCACCUCGAUGGGGUAAAAAUUUUAAUUUAGAUAUGAUACGAACAUUUCUCCAAAUUGAAGUCGACUCAGAAGGAGUCGCCCUACCCGAAGACCAGAAAAUCCAUCGUAAAUUGUUCUCAGGAGGAGAACUCCAAUCAUCGGAUGGCGAAGUGAAAAACCUACAGCCUUUGAAAAUAUCCAACGUCAGCGAUGCCAUGGAACAUCAAGGGAAAUACCCCGUUAUAUGGGUUGAUUUGUGCUACACAAAGUACUGUUCUUAUCCAGAAAUGGAAGAUUGUUUGAAAAACGUUGUUGACGGCGUGUUCGAGAGUCACGCUUAUUUGCGAAGAUAUUCUGAAGCUGGAAAUCAAAGUAUAAGUGACAAUGACCUUGUGAAAGAAAAAUUACGAAGAUAUUUCGCGAAAAAUAUUACCAGAGAAGAUCUCCUGGACAGUUUACGAUUCGCGAGCGAGUUGCUUUUCAAACAUUUCAAUCAAAAAGUAUUCAUUUUAGUUAACGAUUACGAUACUCCGUUCAUUUUACGUAUGAUCAUUCCAAAGCAAUCGCCCGAAUAUUUAAACGUCUCGAGUCUACUCAGAGAGUUAUUCUGUCGCACUUUCAAUGACAAUCCGUACUUGAGAAAAGCAAUAUUCACGGGCUCGUUGCCAUUAACCGAAGCUCAUUCGCAUGUUACUUCGAAUUUGAAUAAUUUCACCGAAUACACCUUACUCGAUGGUCCGUUCUCCGAGUUUUACGGAUUUACUCAAAAUGAGGUCGAUGACCUGAUGAACCGAACUAAAUCCUUAACCGAUCGUCAAGAAAUAAAAGAUCUAUACAAAGGAUACAAUCACGGUCGUCAUAUCGUCUACAAUCCGUGGUCUGUUCUAGAUCAUAUCAUCCUGAAAGAAAACGCUUUCCCUUACUGGUCAUCAGUUGCCCCUUCUCCCGCUUGUGUUGAAAAACAACUCUCGACUGAUACUUGGCUGAAACCAAUCAGAGAUUUAUUUAUGGGUUUUGGUAUCAUUAGUGCAAUUGAUCCCUCGGUAGACUACCUUAAUUGCAGUACGUCAACGUCUUUGUUAAGUUUACUAUUGUAUUUCGGUUACUUGAAUCCGGUCGCUGAAGUGUAUCCAAAUGAUAAGCCUACAUACAAAUUAAUCAUACCUAAUAGAGAAAUCAAAGAAUUUUACGCGAAAAAAAUCAACGACAGAGUGAAAAAUAAAUUAUUCGUGGUUGUGGCGGAUAUCUACAAUUGCAUGCGGUUUUUACCUAUUAAUUUGAUGGAAGGGUUCAAGACGAAUUUCCAAAACACCAUCUUUGGCAUUGAAAAAUUCUAUCAGAUUAAACAAAGUGAACUUGAACUUUGCCAUAAUGAUCUUAUGCUGAUGCUGAUCGAUUCGGUAUCGUUGAAAUAUGAAUUUCAGUUUCAGACGUUUCCCUCUGCUAAUGAAACGGUGGCUUUUUUGGAACCUAAAGUGGAUCAUAUUCGUAAUAUUAUUUUUAUAGGAUUUAAGGUCACAGAAAAUGUGGAAAAUUUGACAUCAGAGGCUAAUGCAACCCUGCAGCAUGUUAAAAGCUUAAAAUAUGAUAUCAAACAUGGAAAUUAUAGUAAAUUUCAUCUUGUUAAAAUAGGUAUAGCUUUAAGUAGAGUUCACUCAAACGUACAGUAUGAUGUUGAAAUUUUGGAUUGAUAAUUUUUAGUCCAAUGACAUUUUAAACUAACCGAUUACAAAUAUAAAUAAAUAUUUUAUUCGAGUAUUA